UUUAGAAACAGAUAAUAGAUAAAAGAAAUUUGCGUAUCGUUGUUAAAGUUGUGAAACAGAAAGGAGUGAAAAUUUGGAAUAAAAAUAUAAAAUUAACAAAACGAAGAGGAGUACGUUAAUAUUGUAACGUUUUGACAAUACGUUGUCUUUAGUUUUGUCAUAACUUUCUUUUACAUUUAUAAUUUUUACAAAAACAAUGGAAUCUAAAAGAAAUCCUCAACAGCUCUACUACUUCCUAGACAAUGAAUUCUACUGGUCAGCUUUUGAAAACAAAUACUUUAUGUUUCCUUGGCGUGUAUACUACUGGUAAAAUAUUGUGAAAAAACAAUUGACAUCAUCAAAACAUUUCAACACAUUCGUACCUGUAACAAGAAGAUGGACAAGAUCAACAGUCCCGGAACGCCUAAGAUAACAUGUACUUAUCUAGAUUUGUACACAGAAAAACAGUUCCAAUGUAGAGCCAUACAAAAAUGUUGCGGGUCGCGAUGCUGCGACGAUGAGAACUUGGAUACAUAUCUCAUCUGGGGCGGUGUAGUACUGCUUGUUUUGGUACUUUUGAUCAGUGUAUGUUGCUGGUAUAUCAUGAAUGGACGUAAGAGAAGUAGAGAUAUUCUUGGUACACAGAAGCAACGCGUUAGCAACAUGCUUUCAGCAAAUCAAAACCCCAAUGAAUGUAUUGUAACCAUUCAAGUUGACGAUGUUGAGAAGAGUAAGAGUACCAAGACCGCACUGUUACCAAGGAACUUCUCAAGCAUCUCAUUCACAGAAUCGCUGUUCAAGCUUCCAAACAGUAAAAUAGAGAAAUGCAUUGCUGGUUCCCAUGAUCAGCAACCACUGCUUGAUGAUUUCCACUGGGAUGGCAACCCCAAAAGUGUGACGUCUGAAAGUCACAUGAAUACAUAAUAAAUGACCCAUGUGUGAUACAAUAACAUUUACUCAAGAGCGCUGACAAAUUGUCAGCAAUUUACGUUUUCUUUGCUUGUGGUGAUGUGUAUUUUCUUGUUUUCUUUUUAGCAUGUAAGCAGAGGAUCAGAGAUCAAUAUAAUAUCAAUUUUACUAAUUCAUCUUGUGAUGCGCUUAAAUAUUUGUUCAUAGAUUGAGACAUUUUGCUAAAUGCAAAGUUAGUGUAAGUGAAAUCUUACUUUAUUAUUGUUUCAAUUAAUACAAUCACUAAUCACAGGCACGUUUGCUUUAGUGGUGUCAGGGUAUAUGAUUCUUCAAUGGAUAGCUCUAUAUCAUUUUUGUUAAAUUUUGCUUUGUCUAUCAAUUUCAAUCACACAUACAACAACACAGUUAUCUUUAAAACUCACUUUUUAAUAUGAAAACUUUCAAUAAUACAAGUAUGUCAUAUACUUUGGUAAUUUGAUGAACUUGCAAAUCAAUCUCCUUGCUUUUGUUAUAUUUAAGGUACUAUCUCCAUAAAUGUAUAAACUGUGUGGAAACCGUUUCAUUACGGAUUAUUUUAUAUUUAUUCUGAGUUGCGGUUUUCGUCUUUAUAAAGGUCUAAUAUGACACUCAUCGUUUCAAUGCCUGUGUAGUUAUGAUAUCUGACUACAAUACAUGUUAGUUUGUUGUAUAAUAUGAAAACUCGUAUUGACUUGCCCAUAUGCUCUUAUCCUAUCUAACCGGCUAACUAUAUCUUCAUAUCGUAUAGAAAACAUCAAAUGGUUUGAUACAUAUGAUAUAUGAGACACAUGAUAGAUAUUCAGGGAUGAAAAGUUUCAAAAAAAAUAUUAUGACGAUAUAUUACGUACAAGAACUCCAUUCAGAGCUUAACUUAGAAAAUAUCUGUAUUUUGUAUGUUUCUCUUUAAACUGACACUUUGUCUCUUGCAGAGUUAACCCUGACAAUUUUCAUGACCGAUAUGUAACACUUGAUAAAACCUACCGGAAAAUAGAAGGAGUACAUCAAAAUUGGGUCAUAUAUCUAAAAACAUAGAGACUUGAGAUCAAUCGAGCAUUUCAUCAAUAACGUGAAAUGUAUCUAUUUAUAAAUUCCAAUAUUUGGUUUUGUGCUUAAAAGUAAUAUAUUAGCAUUUGUUUUGUUUUAAAGUGUGUUUUUGAGCUUUAACGUUAAAGUAUAUUACAGGUUUAAAAGAUUAUAUGACUGUUAUAAUGUAAAAUUCAUAUUUUUGAGGCAUUGCUACAAUUAAAAUACAGAUUAAACAUAAGAGAAAAAAAGACUUGCUAGGGACCUCUACCGUAAAAAAACAUUUCUUGAGUUAGUAAAAUUGCCAUGGUGAAACGUUGAUAAAGCUUUAAAAUUACUUAACACAAUGAAAUACCAAUACUUGAAAAUAGGUAAAUGUGGAACACCACAGAUCAACAAAUACGACAUAAACGAAAAUGUUGCAGGGUCGGUUUGACUGAGCCAUUUCUUUGUUCCGCACCCACGCCCCACUAGGAGAUGGCACCAAACGAUACAACUGCUUAUUAAUGAUUACGUCUAAUGUUUGUUUUUAUUGUGUUUUAGACAAUAAGUUCAUGGCACUGUCAGUUCAACAUUUUUAUGGGCGUACUAUAAACUCCCAACGAGAACUCUUUCAUUAGUUAUAGGGAUAUAGCAAUAUUCAAAGAUAAUCAAUUCCAGUUCGUAUCGGUACAUGAGUUUCUUGAAAAAUGACACAAAAAUAUUAAUACAUUUGAUAUACGUUGCUUUCAAAAAAGGAGUAUCUCUGAGCACUAAGCAUUUUAAUACACCAUGUUUUGUCUAGUUAUUGUAUAUACAAUCUUUCUAUUUGUGGCUAUCUCAAUGUCAUGUCUGUGGCUAGAUAACAUAUAUGUCAGGUGCUGAUGUGUACAAAUAGCAGAAACACUAUAUCUUAACUGUGUUAAUUAAACCGGCUUAAACGCUUCAGAUUUCGCAAUAAAUUUUUAUUAUAAAAACAAGUUGCUGUCUCGAUUUAUUCAGUAUUUCAAUAAUAAAGGUUUCAGGUUUGAAAAUAACGUAGGUAUCAAAUACAAUAGACACAUGCAGCCAUUCUGAAAAGUUGUAAACUGUAUCUAGCUGCAGGGAAAAAUACAAACACUAAAACGUUUUAAACUAUUGAUGUUUGGGUUUUUUCAGCUCGAAGGUUACUUGUUGAAAAUGUAACAAUUGUUUUAUUGCAUUAAACGUUUUAGAUGUUCAUAGUUACAGCAUGGAUAAAAUAUGUACAAACAUGUUUGCAUAGAUUUUGUUACAAUGAAAUUAUGUUAUAAUUGUUCAAUAUGUUCUGUCAUACAUAGAGUCAAAUAAACAUUGGUUUGCUGUGAAA